ACUAUUAGCACCCUCAGAUUGACCAGAACACGACCGGCACCAUGCCGCCUGUACCCAAACGCGGAUUUAAUAUUGACUUUGCAGACAAGUGCAUCAUUGUAACGGGAGGCAAUCGCGGCAUUGGGCGCGCUAUCUCGGAGGCGUGUGCGGAGGCCGGGGCACGCGUCGCAAUAAUCUAUAGAAGCUCGAAGGACGCAGGACAGGUUGCGGAGACGAUCGGUAAAGAGCACAACAUGGAGUGCAAGGCAUAUAAGUGUGAUGUUUCCGAUCCCGAGAAUGUCACGAAGACCUUACAGCAAAUCAAUAACGACAUGGGUCCGGUUACUGGGCUUGUGGCGAACGCGGGUGUCUCGGUCGUGAAACCGGCACUUGAGUUGACGAAAGAGGACUUUGACAAGGUGUACACCGUGAAUGUAUUCGGAGUAUUCAACGUUGCACGAGCGGUGGCCGACCUCUGGGUUAAGAACAAGUACAAGGGCGGUUCUAUCGUGGUCAUUUCUAGCAUGAGCUCGCAGAUCAUCAACCAGGUUGGACCAGGAAGGCCACUCACCCAGGCGUUCUACAACUCCUCGAAAGCAGCAGCGUCGAACCUUACGAAGGGACUCGCAGCGGAGUGGGCGCAAUAUGGCAUCCGCGUCAAUGCUGUUUCUCCUGGAUAUGUCAAUACUGACCAGACAUCUGGCAUGGAGCAAUCUAUCCGAGACCAUCAAGCAAGCCACCUGCCACUUGGUCGUUUCUCGCAGCCGGAAGAGAUGGCACCGCAGACACUGCUGCUGCUCUCAGACCGUGCGAGCUACAUGACAGGCCAGGAAUAUUUCGUUGAUGGCGGCCAAUUGGUAUACUAAGCGGUCGAAGGGUUUUCCAUGAACGCGACCAUCGUCGACUCGCUUUCUCACAUUUGUGCAUGUUGCUAUCGAUAUUGUUCUCAUAAUGUUGUGGCCAAGUCGCUCUGUAUAAUAGCUCGUCAGUAGUUCAGUGAAUGUCAAAGACUGCAUAAUCUUGAG